CCUUCCUUUUUCUUCCCCCAUUUCACUCUCUAUAUUCCCCUAAACACAACACACACUACUAUUCUAAACUCAUUUCACAACUCUCUUAAACGCACCGUUUUCAGUUUCUCUAUUUCACUUGCUAUGGCAUCUUCCGAUAAUUUAACCGGCAUUGAACCGUGGAUGUUUCGUCCGACGGUAGCUGACACGUGGCUCGCCGAGUACCUAUCUCGCGACGCCGAUACCAUAACCAAGGCUCUUCACAAAACACUCUCCACCUCGCCGGAAGAUGCUUUCUCACCUUUCUUAAGUCUAACCGACUCAGCCGUUACCGCUACCACUACUGCUACGCCAACGGUUUCCAGCCUCUCCGGCUCAGACCAGGACUCCGCUCCGAAGCGUCAACGUGUUGCUGCCGCCGGGAAGAUCUCGAAGAGAAAGUCGCGUGCCUCGAAGAGGUCGUUAACGACUUUCAUCACGGCGGACCCUGCUAAUUUCAGGGAGAUGGUGCAGCAAGUUACCGGAGCAAGAUUCGGUGCGGGUUCGAAUUUUUCAAUGGCGCCGAUUGUGAAGCCGGAGCCGCAUAGAAUGGUUACCGGAGGAGGGAGGUUUUCUACCGAGGGUUGUUUGCCGACGCUUGACACGUCAGCUUUUUUACUUGACCAUAACCGUCAACAGCAACAACAGCAACCGCAUCAAACGAUGGUUGGGCCUAACUCUGAUGGGCCUGAUAAUUCUGGGCCGGGCCCGUUUUCCUUUGGGCAGCCCAUUGGAGGAUUAGAUGAUGAUGCUGGUUUUGUUUCUGCUGGUUUAGAUUUUGAAACUUUCUCAAGCUGCUUUCCCACCUUGGAAUCGUCGUGGAAAGUUAUGUAAAAGAUGAAAUGACGAGAUUGUCCCUCAAUUUUCACUUUUUCCCUUUUUGCCCCCAUCGUGGGUUCAGGAUUGGAUAUUGGGGUUAGUAGGUAGGAUAUGAUUGUAAAUUAGGGAAAAGGGAAGGGAAUGGAUAUGGAAAUGCAUGUAGAAUUUCCUUUUUCUACAUAGUUGUUUUAUUAUAAUUAUUAUUAUGAUUAUCAUCUUUAUGUACUAAAAACCAAUGUUGUAUCUUUGUUUAGUUUAAUUAACCUAAUUAAUGCAUUCCUAAGUGUGUUGUUAUCAUCUCA